AUGCUGAACAAAAGGCCUCUAAUUGGAUGGGAAAAGCUUUUCACAUCAGGUAAAGCAUAUCUUCAGUUCGCUCUUAGCUUUAAGAACCCAAACGACAUCGAAAAAACAAUUAUCAAGAUGAACAGAGUUGUUUCAGGAUUACAUCAUGCAACUGACGGAAAAUAUCUUUAUAAAACUCUUGAAAAGACUCCAGUGUAUAAAUUACCAGAUGAUCACAAGAGUCUUCCUGAGCUAUGCGAUUAUAUGUAUAAUAAUUUCACCAGACCAAAAGAAUUAGCUCUUGCAUCCAUCGGAGCCAACAAAGAUACAGUAGUUCUCAAUGUUAACCACUUGGCAUGCGAUGGAAUGUUCUUGAGAAAUCUUUUUGAUUAUUUGAACCAAGAUGGAAACGAAUCUCAAUCAGCUACAUCUAUUAUAUCAUCAGAUGAUAUCUUUGAUAAGGAAAUUAAGAACUAUAAUGGCUUUAUGCCGCCAUUUGCCGGAAAUGAUUCAGAUUUAACAAGAAUCAAUCCACAAAAUCCAUUUGAGCUUCAUUACUCAGCAACCACAACAAUGACAGAAGUACAUACAGAUACUAAAGAUCUUAUGACAUACAAACUCAAUGGAAAAGUUAAGAAUUUAACUGAUUACUAUUGGGCAAAUGUUGUUUUAGCAAUUUCAGCAUUCAAUAACAAGUUUGACAAGUGUGGGCUUAACACAUGCAUCAAUCUUCGCAGAUUCUUGAACAAAUCAGAUUUUAAUAUUGCAAAUUGCUUCUCCCACAUCAGAGUCAUUGCAAAUGUUACUAAAGAUGAUACAGUAGACACAUUAAUGAGGAAAAUGAGAGCAGACUUCAACGAAAGAGUAAGUAAAGGUGAACAUUUCGCUGCUCUCAAAGCUGCACAAAGCCAAAGUAACAAAUCAAGUCAAUUGGCUCCUGUUCCAGGAAUUCCAUUCUCUCUUUCUUUAAUUGGCCAGUUUGACCUCGAUAAAGGAAAAUUCAAAGAUGCAUGGGGAAAUCUUAAGAUUCUUGAAGAUGGCCUUAACUUAGUUGGUUUUCUAGGAUAUUCCAUUAAGAAGAAUGGUGUUAAUACUAUUUCUGGAAGACUGAGAACAGCAUCUUCUCAUUUCGGAGAUGGAGAUGCUAGAAUAUUCGGAAAUUCAAUUAUGUAUGGUAUGCAAAAAGUUCAUCCAUCAAUGAAGAUUGGUGAAGCAUUUGAUAUGCUUCGUGAUUAUCAACUUGAAAUGAAAAAGGCUAUCCUGUAUCCACAACUUAUAGAAUAA